ACAGUACCACAUGUGACAUUACACAGAGGUUCCAAACGGAAGUGUGUUGUGCCGAAAAUGUGGCGCGAGACAUAGCCAAUGUUGUGUGUACAUACACGGUUUUUUUUUUUAAGUAAAAACUUAAUCUAAAACAGUUCCAUCCACUGCAUUUAUUAUACAAUUUGGGAACUACGUUGUUUUAUGAGACGGGCGGCAUAGGGACCGGCGUUCAUCAAGGCAAAUAUGCCCCGUAGACGACAGAGUGUGCAUUUGGGGAGCGGCUCUGAUGGGACUGAAGAUUCAGACUCUUCUGCAGAGAGAGAACAGACGAACAGCUCAGAGAGUGAUGGAAACAUGCCCAAGAGAACACGCCUCACAAGAGCAUCUCUACGCCUCAGCCAAAGCUCACAAGACACACCAGAUGUGAAGCGAAUCGGCGACCAUGACGAGUCUCCGCCGUUGACGCCCACAGGCAACGCCCCAUCAUCUGAGUCUGAGCUGGACAUCUCCAGCCCCAACGCUUCCCACGACGAGAGUGUGGCCAAAGACCCCGCCCUCAGAGACUCAGACAAGGACCUCUCCCACCGGCCCAAGCGCCGCCGCUGCCAUGAGACCUACAAUUUUAACAUGAAGUGUCCCACACCGGGAUGCAACUCACUGGGACAUCUAACAGGGAAACAUGAACGCCAUUUUGCGGUUUCAGGAUGCCCUCUUUACCAUAACCUCUCUGCUGACGAAUGCAAGGUGAAAGCAACCACUCGUGAGAAACACGAAGAAGAAUCAAAGGUGCAGGAGGAAAGCAACAGACACGCCACACGACAUCAGGCGCCCACAUCAAAACAGACAAGAUACAAAGAGCAGGUGACGGAGAUGAGAAAGGGGAGGAACUCUGGGCUUCCCAAGGAGCAGAAGGAGAAAUACAUGGAGCAUCGACAGAGCCACGGCAACACCAGAGAACCUCUUCUGGAGAACAUCACUAGUGAAUAUGACCUGGAGCUUUUCAGAAAAGCCCAGGCACGCGCAUCUGAAGAUCUGAAAACGCCACAGGAGAAGCUGCGGAUCCAGGGACAGAUCACGGAGGGCAGCAACAUGAUCAAGACCAUCAUGUUCGGCCGCUACGAGCUGGACACGUGGUACCACUCGCCCUACCCCGAGGAGUACGCCCGCCUGGGACGCCUCUACGUCUGCGAGUUCUGCCUCAAGUACAUGAAGAGCCAGACCAUUCUGAGACGACACAUGGCCAAGUGUGUGUGGAAGCAUCCGCCCGGAGAUGAGGUCUACAGGAAGGGAGCCAUCUCUGUCUUUGAGGUGGACGGCAAGAAGAACAAGAUCUACUGCCAGAACCUGUGUCUACUUGCCAAGCUCUUCCUGGAUCACAAGACUUUGUACUACGACGUGGAACCCUUUCUGUUCUACGUUAUGACUGAGGCAGACAACACAGGCUGCCAUCUUGUGGGAUACUUCUCUAAGGAGAAGAACUCUUUCCUCAACUACAACGUCUCUUGCAUCCUGACUAUGCCUCAGUACAUGAGGCAGGGCUUUGGGAAGAUGCUGAUUGACUUCAGCUACCUGCUGUCCAAGGUGGAGGAGAAGGUGGGCUCCCCAGAGCGGCCCCUCUCGGACCUGGGCCUCAUCAGCUACCGUAGCUACUGGAAAGAGGUGCUGCUGCGUUACAUGUACAACUUCCAGGGCAAGGAGAUCUCCAUCAAAGAGAUCAGCCAGGAGACCGCGGUGAACCCAGUGGACAUUGUCAGCACACUGCAGUCCCUGCAGAUGCUUAAGUACUGGAAGGGAAAGCACCUCGUCUUGAAGAGACAGGACCUGAUCGAUGAGUGGAAAGCCAAGGAGACCAAAAGAGGCAGCAACAACAAAACCAUUGACCCCAGCUCGCUUAAAUGGACCCCACCCAAAGGGACAUAGGCUAUAGGCUCACAAGUGAGCCACUUAAUAAACUUGACUUUCUUCUACCACA